GGUUCUUUUCACCUCGUCAGUUAUUGCUGAGCACAGGUACAAAUAAGUCGCGAUUUAUUUGUUGUGUGUAACGUGUUUUGUGGUUAUUGACUAUAACGCCGUAUUUUUCUGAGAAUUUUUUCUUUUUAAGCGAAAUUAAUUUCCCAAUCAUUUGACGAAAAGUGAAAAAUCAAAGUAGAGAUUUUCUUAGACUUUUGAAAAUAUUAAAAAUUGUACAGAAAAGAAAAGAAAAAGAAAAGAUUUAGAAAAUUGUCGUGAAUGUGUAAUUAUUGCAUUGAGAAAAACAAAGCAAAACAACCAAGAAACAGCAGUGCACUAUAGAUGGUAGAAUACAGAAAAAAACAUUGUAAAAGGAUCGUAUGGUAUGUGCAGGUUAAAUGCCGAUAGAGAGGUGGCACACAUUUUUUUUUUAAUAAAAUUUAAUUCCAAAAAAAUAAAGACUUAGACAAAAAAAAAACAACAACAACACAAGUCUUCGUUAAUAAAAUGGUGUUUUGUGUCGUAAAAGAUAUUAUAACAGAAAUAUGAAUAAGAAUUGGAAUUUAAAGUGAAUAAAUUGGAAGUAGAAGCAGAAGAAGAAUCAAGAAAAAGUGUUAAUUACGGAACGUUAUUGUGGAUAAAGUGUGUCAAUUUUGUCUAAAUAUGUUCAUAUAGUUAAUGGAUGACCACAACAUAAACAGCCCAAAAUAAACGAAUAGAUUUUUGAAGAAAAAUGGAUACUAAACCAAGCAACAAAGACGACCUGCCAUUCUGCUUCGUACGGGGAUCUGAUCCACGGGCAGUGACAUGUAGAGGAAAGCUUCAAAGCAGACGAUGUAAAUUGAAUCAAGAAAUCAACAAAGAACUACGCCUCAGAGCUGGCGCAGAAAAUCUAUAUAAGGCAACAUCUAACAGAAAAUUACGUGAUACCGUUGCUCUGGAAUUAAGUUUUGUGAAUUCAAAUCUACAACUUUUGAAAGAAAAACUGUCCGAAUUGAAUUCGUCGGUGGAACUAUACCAAAAUGAUAGCGGCGAAGCAGUAAUGCCAAUGAUACCACUUGGUCUCAAAGAAACAAAAGAAGUGAAUUUUUUGGAACCAUUUUCCGAUUUCAUACUCGAACAUUACAGUGAAGAGUCGGACAUGUAUCAAGAUGCUAUCGCUGAUAUAACCGACACACGACAGGCUGCCCGAACACCAUCAAGAGACGCUCAAGGUGUCGGCCUUCUAUUCCGUUACUACAAUUUGCUGUACUAUGUGGAAAGGCGGUUUUUUCCGCCCGAUCGAACAUUGGGCGUAUACUUUGAAUGGUACGACUCACUGACCGGUGUACCCAGCUGCCAGCGAACCGUUGCAUUCGAAAAGGCCUGCAUUCUAUUCAAUUUGGGUGGAAUUUAUACGCAAAUUGGUGCCAAACAAGACCGAACCACCGAAAAGGGACUCGACGCUGCUGUCGAUAAUUUCUUACGUGCUGCUGGCAUUUUCAAACACAUCCAUGAAACGUUUACGAAUGCACCGUCGAUGGAUUUGAAACCGCAAGUGCUUCAAAUUUUAGUGUCAUUGAUGUUGGCUCAGGCUAGAGAAUGUUUAUACGAAAAGUUGCAAUUGCAAAUCGAAACGAUGACGAUGAAGGACACAACCCAUAUCCAUCGUGACCUGUCUGGCGAAGCUGCUCAACUCACAUUAGAAUAUCAAGAAAUCCAUCAGUGUAUCCAAACCGAUGAUAUUCAUACAUACAUUCCCGAAUGUUGGUCCGGUUUCGUGCCACUGAAAUCGGAAUAUUACAAAGGUAAUAUUGUCGCUCAUUUAGUCGAUAAAUCUAACUUUCUAAUACGAGAUAUCAAAAAAAUCUCAGCUCUUUCCCAUUACCAUGCAUCGAAAAGUAUAAAAGCAAAGGAUGCUGUCGACGGUAAAGUGGAUGAGCACAAAGAAAACAGUUUCGUAUUUGACGAGUCGUCUCUUAAUGGUGAUGUAUGUCCGAAUGUUUUGCGAACGGCCCAUAUAAAAGAGUCUUUAGUCUGCCACGAAGAGGCACAACGGUUACAACGGAUGUGCAGAGAUUUGAAGAAUAAAAUCUCUUUAUCGAAGAGCCUCCAUGAAGCAUAUUUAAAGACGGUCGUCGAAUGCGAAACACUGGAAGAAGAGAAGAAAAAGAAUUUUUCGGAAGAUGAUUUCGAUCUGACCGAUGUAACAAUAAAUGCCUGUCCCAAAUUCAAACUGUCCCUAACUGGACCCGACUUUACAAAUUGGAAAGUCGACGAUCCGUUUAAAAAACUCGGCCCAAUUGCAAUAUUCUCAGCACGACGUCACUGGACCGCACCGCGUAACGUACGAUUGCAGAAAGGAAGCAGAAAGUCGGUCCUGUUGAAGUCACAUUCGACCGGCGAAUGUAUUUGUAAACGCGGAAGCGCUAACAAAUCCACCAAUGCUACGUGUGAAGUGUGCCAGAAAUAUACCACACAUCGUUACGAGGAUGCGAAAAUUGUCACCAAAAACGACAAUGUUGAGUAUGGUUUUCAGUUACGCGGCGAUGCACCUGUGAUCAUAUCGUAUGUGGACAUGAAUUCCCUAGCUGAUCUGGGUGGUAUUAAGGAAGGUGACUUUAUUGUCGAAAUUAACGGUGUUGAUGUUAAGUGGUGCACUCACAGUCAAGUAGCGAAACUCAUUCAAGAAUCCAGUGUUAGCCUAGAAUUGAAAAUAAUUACGCCAAUGGAUCGGAAUUACUUAAAGCCGAUGACGUCAACAUCAUCAAAAGGAUCGAUUUCAACACGUUCGAUUGGCAGUUCGUCUGGUGUCUCUUCAGGUACGCCUAGUCCACCGGGAACAACGUCUUCUAAAUCGAAAAUUCGAAGUAAAACACCGAAGGGUCGGCUGAGCAGUUUAUCGGGUAGUGCUUGGAAUCCAUUCAGGCGAUCACAAAGUUUAGGGAAAAUAUUUUAGAAUCGUCGUCGUCCAGUCAAAUAUAAUUGUAUCAGAAGUGCAAGUGACAUUUUUUAGCAGUCGAAUUAUGUAGACUUAUGGUUUAAUCGAUUAAACUGUUAAGUGCUGGUGAAGUGUUUUUAGUUGAGAGAAAAAAGCUACCGAUUGAAUCAGUUAUGCUUUUGUAUUAAACUUCCAUUUAUCGCGGCCAUUUGUAUAAUGUAAUUAAUCACACAAGUAGAGUAUGUUAUAAAUCCCAUUUUUAAUACAAAAUAUUUAUUUAAAACGAAAAA